GAAGAAUUUCGCAAAAAUUGUAAAUUGUUUAUUUCCGAUGCUUCUGACAAUUGUGCUUUUAUAUAUGAAAACGAUAAUUUUGAGAUUGUUGAAGAAUUUAUUUUUAACGAAUACGAAGCUCUCAGUUCUUCUGGCUUAAGAGAAUUACUUGCUGUAGAGAAGGCUCUCUCUUCUCAACCGGUUUAUUUUCAAUCUUUGUCGAAUCACAUAAUUUAUUGGAUGACGGAUUCACAGUGCUGUUUCGCUUUUUUUUUUUUUGAAACGUGGUUCACGCAAAUCUCAAAUUCAGAAAGUUGUUUUACGAAUUAAACAAUUCGAGUUUCAGUACAAUAUUAAAAUUAUUCCGAUAUGGAGUCCUCGUACUUCUAUACAAAUUCAGUUAGCUGUUUUAGGCUCUAAAUUUAGUUCCAGCACUGAUGAAUGGUCGAUUGAUAAAAUUUCUUAUGAUGCCAUUUUGAAUUACUUUAACGUGGUUCCGACUGUGGAUUGUUUUUCUUCAAAUUCAAAUUCAAAAUGUUUAAAGUUUUUUUCAAAGAUUCCUCAAGUUGGAACAGCUGGUAUUGAUUUUUUUGCUCAAACUUUAAUAUGUUCUGAAGUUUACUGGUGUUGUCCUCCACCAAAGUUAAUCAUUCAAACCAUUAAACAUAUUUUAUCUUUUGUUAACGUUACUAGCAUUGUCAUUUUGCCAAUUUGGAAAAGUUCAAAUUUUUGGCCUUUUAUAAAGCGUGGAAUUUACUUAGCAAGAUUCAUUUCAAAAUACUACAUUUUUCAAUCUGUUUUUUCACUUUCCAACGCUUGUAAAAAUUCAAUUUUUUUCGGUAAAAAGAAUUUUUCUAUGCUUGCGAUAUUGAUUAAAUCAAAUCAAUUAGACAAUUGUUUAAUGGUUGAUUUGUAAAUUUCUAUGUUGCAUUCAGUUAUAUUUUAUACUGUUUUCAUGUUUCAGAAUGGAUGUUCCUAACUUUUAUUUGACAGUAGGCAGGGAGGAAGAAGUAAUAUCUGAGCAGAACAGAAUUGAUGUGGCAAUCCUAGGCACACAGAUUCGAGAAAGUCAUUCAGGAGAGAACUAUGUUCUCUUAUCACAGGAUAUUAAUUCAGGACAAAGUACAGUUCCUUCAAAGAACCUAUCGGCCCCUUUAAUGCUCGGGGGUGAAAUUAGGCCGGCAGUUCAAAAAGUUUCCGAUCUUGGAGAAAUUUAUAACUUAUUAAAUCAUUCGUUUGCAGAGGGGACUAUUUCAAACUAUAAGUCGGUGAUCGGAAAAUUCGCAAAGUUUUUGGCAGAGAUGAAUCGGGAUAUUGCCAGUUUUUCCAGGAACGAUCUGGAGAUGUUUCUAGGGUAUGCCGGAGAUCAGAAUUUUAGUUAUUCAUUUUGGUGUAAUAUUAGACCAGCUCUAUCAUGGUUAGAAAAAAUAUUAGACAGAAUAGACACAGUUUUUUAUGGUCGAGUUUUACUGUUAAUUCAAGGAGGGCAAAGAUUUUCAGCUCUGCAGAAACCGCCUAUUAAGAAACCUGAAAUUAUAGAUUCGGCCAUUAUUCGAGUAUUGAUCGAUAAAUUUGUUUUUCCUUUUCUUCAUGACAUAUAUUUGAUUAAUGGAGAACUUUUCAGAUCAGUGUUCAAAGAAAUUAUCAAAUUUAAAACAUUUUGUAGAUUUGAUUGUUAUUCAAAACUGCAAGCUUUUCAUUUUACGGACCGUGGAUCUCAUAUAACAAUAUAUUUUCCGGGAGCCAAGAAUGAUCAACACCAUAACGGUAAUAUUGCAGUUUUAGAUAGUACGGACACUGACUAUUGCUCAGUCAGGUUAACCCGACUUUACUUCAAGCGUUUUGGGUUACACUUCAGUGAUUCGGGAAUUGAGGACAAAAAUUUUAUCAAUUUUCGUAUCAGAAAUCGAGACGUUACAAGAAUAGUCGACGGAUCGGAAGUGACUUCAACAGUUCAGGAUCUAAAGGACAGUGGUCCUAACAGUAUGGCCGCUACUGUGAGAGAAUCAGUCAUCUGUGUGGUUCCGGGCUGUGAUCAAGUUUUUCGAGGGGACAAAAGAAGCCAACACUAUAUGAAAAAUGUUAAAUUUGAUCAGAAUGGACGCCCGAUGGUUUAUAAUUAUAAAGUUGCAAAUAUUCACCAGGUGAAGGAAGGACUGAGGAUUUUAUGUUCUGAUGUAAGUGAAAAUCUUAACAUCAGAUUAGUAGAUACAAGACAUCUGAUGGACCUCUGUAGUCUAGUUAAAGAUGGAGCUGAUUUCACAGAAGAGGAAGGUCGAGAGAUCCUGAUGAAAGUUAUGGAAAUCCCAGGAGAAGAUGAGCUUUCUUCUGAGGAAGUAGUCUCUGGGUGGCUGAAAUUCAGAAAAUUCUCAGGGACCUUGGAAGAGCGAUAUGGACAAUUUAAAAAAGAGCCCCAUACUGAUUUUCAUCAGCUGUUUGAGUCUGUGAUGUUGAGAGGGGGUUCAGAAGCAUUAUGUGAAACAGUAGGAUCCCAGAUGAAUAAUGUGAUUAGAAGAAGUCGUAAUCUUCAACCUGAGAAUUUGAAGAAAGAACUGAAACUUCAAUUUAAUUUGCCGGCGGCACACUUGUUAAAAGAAUCUGGGUUUGUUCAUCACAUCGUAGAGAAGAGAAGAGGAAAUCAAACCCAUGUCUACAGGUUUAUUUAAUUCAUUACAUGAUACUUAGUAAACAUAGAAUAAAGGAGUUGACGUUUAUGAUUUGGAAAUUUCCAUCUCAAAAACUUUUAAAAAAAUGACUAUAAUACUGCAUACUCAGUUCAACCACCAUACAUUGCCAGUUACUCCAUUUAAGACGAGUAAAUUAUUUUUUGUGAAGUCAUAUAAGUUUCUCAUUUAGGAAGCUUAAAACCUCUUUCUGUAAUAUCGAACUCAAAUCGAAGAUGACUAUCAAAGAUUUACAUAAUGUCGACUUGAAAAUUAUUUCCAGUUUCCAGAAAACAUUCGAUAAACAAAAGGAUUUAAAAAGCUUUUUUCUUUUAUCCAAGGCAUGAAACGAUUCGGCUCGUAUGUUUUCUGCAAAGAAAUAUUUGUAUUAUUCCUAAUUAAUUUUUAAGGGAUAUCAUCAAAAUCAAAGCCUCAGAAGUAUGUGAUUUAAAGGAAUUGUUCGCAAAAAAAA